AUGGUUGUCAUCUUAUCUGAACGAAUCUCAAAAGUUGAUUACCAAAAAAUUGUAUUUGAGACCGUGACCAGUUUAAACCUGUUUACAAGAAAAGGGGUAUUUCCCUAUGAGUAUCUUAACAAUUGUGAAAAAUUAAAGGAGACUUGUUUACCGCCAAAGCAAAUGUUUUUUAGUAAAAUAACAAAUGAAGACAUUUUCAGUGAGGAUUACAAUCAUGCCCUCAAUGUUUGGAAUAAAUUUGAAUAUAAAAAUUUACAACAAUAUGCAGAAUUGUAUUUGAAAACGGAUGUUUUACUUUUGGUUGAUAUUUUUGAAAAUGUUCGUGAGUCUUAUCUAGAACCAUACAAGUUGGAUGCGCUUCAUUAUCUUACAGCUCCUGCUAUAAUAGCCUUUGAUGCUAUGCUUAAGGUUACUGAUGUUUGCUUGGAACUCUUGACUGACAUGGAUAUAGUUAAUUUUAUUGAAAGAGGGAUAUGGGGCGGUGUCUCAAAAUGUUCCAAUCGCUACCCUAAAGCAAACAAUAAAUACAUGGAAUCUGAUUAUAAUUCUAUCGAACCUCAAUAUUAUCUUAUGUAA